GUUCGCGAGGCUUCUGAUGCUGAAAAUCAAAAUGGCGCGAGGAGGAACGGAGUUGUUCGUGGGAAGACUAUCUAAAGAAACUAAGCAAAGAGACCUUGAAAACGUCUUUUACCUUUACGGCAAGCUUUCUAGAUGCGAUAUCAAAUACGGAAGAGAAAGGGCUUAUGGAUUUAUUGAGUAUGAAGAUCCCAGAGAUGCUGAGGAAGCCUUGAGAAGAGAAAAUAACAGAAAACUCUUUGGAUCCAGAAUCGUUGUUGAGUACGUGAAAGGUAAAGAACGAGGAGGUCCGGCUGGUGAUGAAUGCUUCAAGUGUGGAAGACUAGGGCACUGGGCAAGCAGCUGUACAGUAUCAAGAGACGAUACAGAUGGUUUUCGGGGCUCUGGAAGGCAUGCCAGACCCUCACCAGCAAUACUUUUGAAGCGACCACCGCCAAGCCGCUAUAGAUCUCGCUCAAGAUCACCAAGAAGAUUCCCUAACCCUCCUCCUCGAAGGCGCCGCUCUUUAAGCCCCCCAAGAAGGCCACGCCCUCCACCCAUUAGCCGCAGCAGGGAUAGGUACCGACGAUAGAUAUUAGAUAGAGUUUACUGUUAGUCAUUUAGUUCAGUAGUUUAGAAUCUACUUUUAUUAUUGGCCUAAGGAAUGUCUCUUGAGCUUCUGUAUUUUUCUUUAACAACUAAAAUAUUGUUGUAAUCAGAUGUAGUUUUGUUUGUAUUUUGAUCACCUCGUGCAUCAAAGCAGUGGAAAACUAGAUGUUUAGGAACAAAUUUCAUAUAUCAAAGCACGUGUUAAGCAUAAGAUAUUCAGUAGAAUAGUUAGCUUCACAGUUCCCUGCACCUUCUUGAAAGGUAACUGUGCCUGUGCUUGGAAGUGAGAAUGGCAGUGAACAUGCAAUGAUAGAGAUGUGAAUAAUUCAUUACAGAUUCAAAUAAAUUGAAGUUCUGACCACUA